AUGGGUCAAUUCACAUCUUCCGGACGAGAUCAUGAAGGCCGCAAAAGCGUUCUGAUCACCGGAUGCUCAGAUGGCGGCCUGGGCGCUGCCCUCGCAACUGCUUUUCACGAGGCCGGUCUGCACGUGUAUGCCACAGCUCGGGACGUUUCCAAAAUGCAAAAGCUCUCGGCAUCAGGUAUCGAGACAAUCGCGCUAGAUAUCACAUCAUCGUCAUCGAUAGCAAGCUGUGUCAGCAAGCUGCAGCAUCUGGACAUCUUGGUCAACAACGCAGCGGUCAUGUUGACAAUGACAGCAGCAGACGUAUCCGUACAAGAAGCCAAAAAAGUGUUCGACACCAAUCUUUGGGGCACAGUACAGAUGUGCCAGGCAUUCUUGCCGCUGCUCAUCAAAUCCAAGGGCAUGAUCGUCAACCAUACAUCAAUUGCUUCCGUACUGCCUGUCCCUGGCGGAGCAGCAUACGCCGCCUCGAAAUCCGCUCUGGCCAUGUACUCUGCCAUCCUACGAAUGGAAGUCGAAUGCUUCGGGGUCCAAGUCAUCGAUCUGAAGACCGGGACAGUUGGACCAACCAACCUCAUCAACAACAACUACACCAGGACCGCGUCGUCAAACUCGGAUUCGGAUCGUUCCAUAUUGCCUGCGAGCUCACCUUACCAGCCGGUGCGAGACCUGCUCGAACCGAUUCUAAGGCAAGACAACUUUAAGGGCACAGGCAUGCCGCCGGCGGAGUGGGCGAAGCUUGUGACACGGGACUUGCUGAAGAGCGCGCGGCCGCCGCCUCUUAUUUUCAGAGGGCACUAUGUAAUAUUGGCCAAGAUCGCCUCUUGGCUUCCAUUCGGAGCGAUGGAUGGAGUGGUGAAGAAAACGACAAAGUUUGAUCAGGUGGAAUCAGUGUUAAGACAAGUAGCGUAG